GCUGGCCUACGUAAUAUGACGCAUGGCGGGGGCGUGUCCGUGGUGCGCGCUGCGCAAGGCUGCUUGUUGUUCCCGCAGAGAGGCAAGAAGAUGGCGGCCGUGUCAAGCGGAGGUGCAGCUGGGUCCUCUGCGGCUGGGAUCACGCACUCUAGCCGACCGGCCGCAGGUAUCAGCGCCCAGAACCGAGCACAGCCAUCACCAGGGGUCAACCACCCUAGCAGACCCUCCCCAGCUACGGGGUGCAUCACUAACCCUGGCCACCCUUCAGUCAGCAGGCCCCCCCCAGCCCGAGUGGGCUACUACGAAAUCGAGCGGACCAUCGGCAAGGGGAAUUUCGCUGUCGUUAAACUAGCAACACAUGUCAUCACAAAAGCCAAGGUGGCAAUAAAGAUAGUGGACAAGACUCAGCUUGACGAUGAGAACUUGAAGAAGAUCUUCAGAGAGGUGCAGAUCAUGAAGAUGCUCAGGCACCCUCACAUCAUCCGCCUCUACCAGGUGAUGGAGACAGAGAGGAUGAUCUAUCUGGUAACAGAGUACGCCAGUGGAGGGGAGAUAUUCGAUCACCUGGUGGCUCACGGGCGCAUGGCGGAGAAGGAUGCGCGGCGCAAGUUCAAGCAGAUCGUGGCGGCGGUGCACUUCUGCCACUGCCGCAACAUCGUGCACCGCGACCUGAAGGCAGAGAACCUGCUACUGGACCACAACCUCAACAUCAAGAUCGCAGAUUUUGGCUUCAGCAACCUGUUCUCGCGAGGGCAGCUGCUGAAGACGUGGUGCGGGAGCCCCCCCUACGCCGCCCCCGAGCUCUUCGAAGGGAAGGAGUACGACGGACCCAAAGUGGACAUCUGGAGUUUAGGUGUGGUGCUAUAUGUCCUGGUGUGCGGCGCUCUCCCCUUCGACGGCAGCACGCUGCAGAACCUGCGGGCCCGAGUGCUGAGCGGGAAGUUCCGGAUCCCCUUCUUCAUGUCCACCGACUGUGAGUACUUGAUCCGACACAUGCUGGUCCUGGACCCCAGCAGACGCCUCUCCAUGGAGCAGAUCUGUAAGAACAAGUGGAUGCGGCAGGGAGACCCCGACCCAGACUUCGAGAGGUUGAUAGCGGAGUGUGAGCAGGUGAAGACGGAGCGCGAGACGGAGCUGAUUAACGAGCAGGUGCUACUGGCCAUGUCAGAGAUGGGCCUGGAUCGAGAACGCACCCUACAGUCUCUCCACACGGACGCGUAUGAUCACUACAGCGCCAUCUACAGUUUGCUGUCGGAACGGCUGAAGAAACACAAGACCCUCCGGCUGCCCCCGCCGGCACCGCGGCCCAUGGGCUACCCCCUCACCGUACAGGAUCAGGCCAGUCCUGUCAGCAUGAACGUCCCGCAUGUCCAGCUCAUCAACCCCGAGAAUCAGAUCGUGGAGCCGGCGGACAGCUCGAUGACCCUGGACAGCGACGAGGGGGAGGAGCCUUCUCCAGAGGCUAUGGCCCGAUACCUGUCCAUGCGCCGCCACACAGUUGGAGUGCCAGACCCCAGGACGGACAUGCAGGAGGAGCUGCAGAAGUUGGCUCCGGGCUUCCCCCAGCGCGGUGCCGUGCCCCAGCCCCCCUUCCCCACGCUGGCCCCCACCCCCAUGGGCCCCAUGCACACACUCAUGCCCACGCAGAGCCUGCAGCCCACACAGCAGCUGGAGUACAAGGAGCAGUGUCUACUGCAGCCACCCACGCUGCAGCUGCUGAACGGCAUGGGUCCGCUGGGGAGGCGCGCGUCCGACGGGGGCGCCAACAUCCAGCUGCACGCCCAGCAGCUGCUCAAGAGGCCCCGAGGACAGCAGUCGCCGCUGGUGGCUAGCCCUCACCCCCCAGCAGUAGCCCCGGUGGAUGAGGAGGGCUCGGACGGAGAGCCAGACCAGGAGGCAGUGCAGAGGUACUUGGCGAACAGCUACAAGCGGAACACCAUACACACGCCCAUAAGCAUGGGCCCGGGUACCGCCGCCGAGAUGGCCAGCGAAGCCCAGAGGACCCAGGCGGCCCGCCAGUGGGGCUGGGUACCCGACCUGUACCCUCGGACGUCGUAUAAGGACAGCAACACGCUGCACCUGCCCAUGGAGCGCUUCUCCCCCGUCAGGCGCUUCUCAGACGGAGCCGCCACCAUCCAGGCCAUCAAGGCCCACCUGGAGAACAACACACUCAUACGACAGCUCAAACAGGAGUGUGAGCAGUUGCAGAAGAUGUACGCCAUGCCGCAGGACGAGGAUAUCCUCCAGCAGCAGCACUUGAAGUACCAGCAGGAGCAGCAGAUACUACACCAGCAGAUACAGGCUCUCUCCUUGGGACACGGAGAAAGCCAGCCCGGCCAUCUCACUCACCAGCUACAGAGGUUGCGCAUCCAGCCCUCUAGCCCUCCGCCUACACAUCCCAGCAAUCACCUCUUCAGGCAGCCCAAUCAGAGUCCGCCGCCCGGCACCGCAAGCAUGAUGCAAGGACACGGUGGGAUGCCGGGAGUGCAGUACCAGCACGCCCCCUCCAUGUACCAGCCAUCGGAAGGCAGCCCGCCCCCCACCAGCCUGCCCCGCAUGGCCCUGCCCAAUCAGCAGCCACAGCAGCAGGCAGGGCCCGCCCGCGCAGCCGUGGGAUUGGCCCCGGGCCUCGCCCAUCAGCAGCAGCAGGUGACCAUCCAGGUGCAGGAGGUGGAGUUGGGGGGCGGGGCUCAGCGGCAGGGCUUUCUGUCCACACCGUGCGGUCACCGCGUGCUGGGCAAGCAGCUGAGCGCCGACAACGCCGAGACGCACAGUCGUAGCCUGAGCCGCUUCCAGUGCUCGUCCGCGGCGUACGGCGCCGGCGACCAGUCCCAGUUCAACCCGCACCUGUUUGGCGAGGGGGCGCGGGUUAACGUGGGGGGCGUGGGCGUGGGCGGCCCAGGAGGAGCCAGCAUGGUGGGCAGCUACAACCCCUACCUGCAGGGGGGCAGCGCCUCGCUCAAGGUGCCCGGCCUGGACGGCACCUACCAGGGCGGCUCGGGCGUCAUGCCCCCAGUGGGCACCUACGGCAACCCCUCGGCCCUGCAGCAGGCGCUCCUCUCCCCGACGCCCAUGGAUUACCAGCGGCAGGCGCAGCCCCACGUCACGCCCACCUUACAGGGCCUGCUGUCGCCGCGCCACUCCCUGACGGGACACGACCCGCGCCUGCCGCCCCAGGACCUGGCCGCCCUGCUGAAGCGUCAGAGCCCCCGCGUGAACGUGGCGCCCACCCCUCCGGGCUCCGUGGGCUCCGUCGGCCCCGGCUCCAGCCCCAGCCCCCAGGACUACAGCGACAUGCUGCUGCUGCGCCAGCUGGGCCAGGCGGCGGACGCCCUGGACCCCCAGACGCAGGCGGGUCAGCACCAGCAGUACCACCCGCUGCUGCAGAUCCGGCCGCCCGACUGCCAGGUGGCGGGUCCGCCCGGCGGCGGCGGCGUCACGGCGUCCAUGCUGGGCCACUCGGAGAGCAUGGAGGAGGACGAGGUGCAGGUGCCCGGUGUCGGCGUCGGUGUCGGCGGGCAUCACCAUUACGGAGGAGGGCACGAGGGCCUGCUGGCUAAGGCGGCGGCGGUGGCGGCGGCGUGCCCGGAUAGUCACGAGCUGCUGGGGCCGCCGCGUGGUGCCACGCCUCCCUACGCAUCGCCCACACACAGGCAUGCCUACAUGCGGAGUGCCACUGCCAGAGACUCUGGGAGUGAGCACGUGGACUGUCGGACGGCGGUGGGUCAGGUGAUGGAGGGCCCCGACCAUAACGGCGUGGGCUACGGGGCCCGGGGCCCCCAGGGGGACGGCUACAGGCCCCGCGGAUCCCUGCAGCGCCACCACACCAUCCAGACCUGCGACGACGCUUAUGACCAAGCAGAGCCCAUGUCAGGAAUGAGCCUAUUGGCUGGGAAGGCGCUGAGCUCCGCCCGCAUGUCUGACAUCCUCAGCCAAUCAUCUCUUACGGGCAGUCAGCAGCUCCACCAGAGGGAGGAGUCAGUGUGUGAUGUGGAGGGGGAUCUCCACGCGGCCGCCUGCUACCCCUCCUCCUGCACCAGUGACAUGCUCCUCAGCUACAAGCCUCCCGACCUGCAGUACAGCAUGGAGCAGGCAGGAGUCUAACACAGGAGGCGUCUGUUGUGUAUAAAGGUCCAUAUCAGCCACCUGUGUUGAACAGCAUCAUGCCAAACCGCCAUUGUCUGUGUGGAGGGGGCUCCAUGUCGCUCUGGAGGGCAGGGGGGAGGGAAAGGUUUGGGGAGCUGGGGCUGAGGCUGGGGCCACGGGAAGGGGACGAGUGGGGUGGGGGUGAGGCGGGAGCUUGCGGCGGGCUUUAAGAGGGUGGGAGGCGGUACACUCACCAAAACGAAGCCGUUGCCAUUGGCUCUUGGCCUUUCAUGUUUUGUUUUUUUUCUCUGCUCUUCCACCUCGAUUGGAAUUGGAUAGGCACCAGGAAGCUCCUCCCACCCACCCCUUUUUGCUUGCCCCGCUGACUUCCUGACUUAGCCCCGCCCCUCCUCCUCCUCUUGUCCUUUUUUGUCCUGCUCUUUCACCCCUUAUUUACUGUUUUUGUUUUUUUGUUGAUGUUUUUUUGUUGUUGUUGUCAACAGGGCGCCCUCUGCUCUCCCCGCCUCACCCCCAACCCAUGCUCCUGUUCUUAAGUGUUGCCAUAGCAACCUGCUCAUGCGCCUGAAGUUUUUUAAGGCAUAAUACAGUCUUAUACACACACACACACACACACACACACACACACACGCGCGCACACACACACACACACACACACACACACACACACACACACGCGCGCGCGCGCGCACACACACACACACACACAGACAGAUUCAGUACACUUAACACACGACACAACGUAUACACAAACUUACACAAUGAAAACGGCUUAAAAACACUUGACAGACAGACGCAUUUUUACCAUUCAGCCAUAGACCCAAAGUAUUCACAUAAGCCUGUUGCUUGGGGUUAUGUGGGGUUUCGUCGGAUUGGGUGCUGCCCCUCCUCCCCACCCCCCCCCCCCUUUUUUCUCUCCCGCCCCCACCUCCCCCCAUUGUGCUCCAGUGGAUCAUUCCGAAGCGUGCUGUGAGGUUCUGACGACACCCCCUCAAACCACCCAACUCUAGUACUCCUCUCCACCCCAAGAGCAGGCCCCACUGCACACGGAUGGAGGGUUAGAUGGAUGGACGGUUAGAUGGAUGGAUGGAUGGUUAGAUGGAUUGAUGGAUUGGUGGGUGGAUGAGUGAGUGAAUGCAUGGGUGAGAGACGUGUGGGAGGGUUGGGCGGUGGGUUUGGGCGAACGAGCCCAGGAGAUGCUCUUGAACAUCCUCUUUCCUCCACCCCAAGUAGAGCUCAGAGACAUGGAGAUCACGCAAGACGGCAACCAGCUCUCCUUUUCCCUUGCUCUCUUUCCCCCUCCCUCUCUCUCUCUCUCUCUCUCUCUCUCUCUCUCUCUGUUUUUUCCCUCUCCUCUUCUGCUCCUAUCCUCUCUCCCGCCUCCUCAUCAUUCUUUCUCUCCAAACUUUUUUUUUUUAAAGAUGCAUUUUUAUGGCUAAUGUUCAUGUAGAAAUUGAUUAUUGUUACUAUUAUUGUUAUUACUGUUUUCUGUAAAAGAAAGUUUUAUUGUUAUUAUGAUUAUAAUGAUUAUAAUUAUUAUUAUCAAAGGAAAAAAAAUACUGUUCUAUGUUGCAAGAAAAAGACGGCGUUUUGUUCUGAUCACAUAUGUAAUUCUGCACUUUUUUCGGUUCCUGCGACCCUUUCUUCUAAAUGAUGUAUUUGUUUUUCAUUUUUUUCCUUCUGUUUUUCCAUAAUAACGCUUGUUUUUUUUUCCCUCAGUAAUUCAAUCCUGUAUAGUUCUCUUUUUUUUUCUUCUUUUUUUUCAGGUGUCCCUCUCUCCUCACACUCCCUCGUUCUUUUUUUUUCGCGUUUAUUUCAUCCGUUCCUCAUUCCGUUUGCUUUCUCUCUCUCUCCUCCUCCUCCUCCUCCUCUGUUUUUGCACCCUCUUGUCAGUAACCGUGUGGUGUGCGGCAUUGUGGGUGCUUUUGAUUGGACCCUGUCCCCCAACUUCUCUUCCCAUCUCUCCUCGUUCCUUGUUUUUGUACAGCAAUGCCAUGUAUAGACGGACGCGAUAUCUGUAUCAAAGAUGUUUUUUUUUUCCCUUAUUGUUUUUUUUUGAGGAGGUGUCAGGGAGGCUAUUUUUAUAUUGUCGUUUGAUUUGUUUCUUUUUUUUCUGAUGCCUGGAGAUGUCGUCUUGCUUUAUUUUAAUUUUUUUCCUUCCUUCCUGAACAUUGAGAUUUUUAGCCAAAAGAGGACCGGAGAGACUGAGAGACAGUCUUUUGUUGUCAUAAAGUGAUUGUUUCUUAUUUGUUUUAUUAUAUAUAUAUAAAUAUAUAUAAAAGGAUAACUUGAAGAGGAGAGGAGAGUGUAAUUACUUUGUUUUUGUUUUUUUUCUUCUUUUUCUUUUUUUCCAUUCACUUUUUAUCAUUUCAUUUCAUCUUGUUUGUUGAUGUUGUCACUUCCAUUGUUCUUCUCUCGAUGUUGUCAUUGUUGUUGUUGACAUCUUGUGUCCUGGACGCGCAGCUCAGGGUGAGUGUACCCUGGCUGACCUGUAGGGGGCAUGAGUGAGUAAUUAAGUGAGUGAGUGAGUGAGUGAGGGCACCCAUGUUUGGGGGACUCCACCGCUGAGGUAGGAGCCACCGGGUGGGGACACUUGAGGCAGCCUGAGGGACAAGCAAAGACAUAUCACAGUGUGGUGCCUCUGUCUGUGUGUAGAGGCUCCGUCUCCCCUCUCGGCCUCAUCAACCAUCCCACCAUCCCACCACGCCAAUCCCACACACCAGCAUUCAUAUGGCCCUUAAAGUUCUCCCUGACCGCCCCAGACCAGUAACCAGCCCCUCUGACUUAAACAGACCCCCAGAUCCCUAUUCUGUUAGCUUUCUCUCUCUCUCUCUCUCUCUCUCUCUCUCUCUCUCUCUCUCUCUCUCUCUCUCUCUCUCUCUCUCUCUCUCUCUCUCUCUCUGACAAAAGACACAGUGUCUUCUUUUCUUACCACAACUCAUCUCUCUUCAUACUCAGACAAACUCCUCUUCUGCGGUCAUCUUCUCCUCUCCUCCUCUGUCCUCUCUUGCUCUCCUGUCAUCCUAUUCUCUUUCCUGUCUUCGUCUCGUCUCCUCUCCCAUCUCUCCUGUUCCUCUCCUCUCCUCUCCUCUCCUCUCCUGUUCCCUCUCUCCUUCUCCCUUUCCUCUCCUCUCCUCUCCUCUCCUGUUCCCUCCCUCCUUCUCCCUUUCCUCUCUUCUCCUCUCCUCUCCUGUUAUCCUUCUCCUAUUCCCUCUGCUGUUCUCCUCUCCUCCACCUUACAUUUCCUCUCCUCCCUCCUCCUCCCAAACCCCCCAGCAUCAGAGUGGCGCUGGGUCUCUGGUGUAAGACUCCCAAGGGAAGAGAUGGGUCAAAGUGAGAGGGUGCUGCCUGGCCCCCUCCCAUCCCCUCCCCUCCCAUCCUAUUUCUCCAAUCACACACUCGGGACUCCACGCCUCACCCCUAGCCCCCAACUCAUUCCCUCUUUCAUGCAAUACUGUGCGUGUGUGUGUGUGCGUGUGUGUGUGUGUGUGUGUGUGUGCGUGGUCACCAGCCGAGAUGCUUGGCUGCAAGUGGCAUCACAUGCUGUGCAGCGCCGCCACAAGAGGGGAAACGCGUCCUUGUACAUCACAGGGGAAGAAAAUACUGAAAACUGUUCAAACAGAAAAGGAAAGAAAACUAUAAGUAAUGAAAAACACACACACACACACACAUUUGUUGUGUGUGCACGCAAAGCAGCAGCCCCCCAUGCCCCCACGUGCACACUCCUCUGACCCACGUGCACGCCCCUACAGCAGCGGAUGAGGUGAUACAGAAAGAGAGAGAGAGAGAUGUCGACUCCAAUCUUCUUCUCCUCAGCCGCCUGUUUGUUUGUUUGUUUGUUUGUCUGUCCAUUCAUUAGGUCGUCUUAUUUCCCCUUCUCAUCCUCUCUCUGUACUUACCAGCCCUCUGCAUAUUUGUGUUGUUUGCUUUUCAUUUCACUUUCCCAAAGUUUUUUUUCUAUUGUCAUUUUUGUUUUUGUUUUGUUUUUUGUUCGUUUUUGUUUUUUUCUUCCUUUGGAGUAAAAAAAAAAUACUAAAGUGCAACAAUGAUGAUUAAAAAGAAUUCCAACCAAACUGAGAUGAAUAAAUAAAUAUAUAUAAAUAAAGAAAUAAGUAAAAACUUAA